UCUCGCGCAUUCUUCUGUAUUCUGUAAGUACGUACGUUCUGCAAUCCGAAUUCUUUAUUAGUUCGUUGUAGCGGGUUUGGCAAGUGUCGCGGUCGUUUAUCCCUUUCAGCUUGAAUUUACGUGAAAAAAAUCCAUUUUUAGUGAAAUUGUGUACAUUUCCGCCUCCUCGCCCCCUCCCCACUGUGGGAAUGAAAUAAAGGACCAACCAACCAGUCAGCUUCGGAACAUUAUCAUGAAAAUGGUUCUAUCUCAACGCCAGCGAGAAGAGCUUAACAAAGCCAUCGCUGAUUAUUUGAGCAGUAACGGGUAUACGGAAGCUCUGGAUGCGUUCAAAAAGGAGGCGGAUAUGCCCGGGGAGGUGGAGCGAAAGUUUGGAGGUUUAUUGGAGAAGAAAUGGACGUCGGUCAUUCGACUCCAGAAAAAAGUGAUGGAACUGGAGUCGAAACUGAACGACGCGGAAAAGGAGUACAUCGAGGGAGCCCCCACUAGGAACAAACGCUGCCCUUCCGAGUGGAUCCCCAGACCGCCCGAAAAGUUCGCUUUAACCGGGCACAGGGCGCCAAUAACACGUGUCAUAUUUCAUCCGGUGUUCAGUCUUAUGGUGUCGGCGAGCGAGGACGCCACCAUGAAGGUGUGGGACUUCGAAACUGGCGAGUACGAACGCACCCUCAAGGGACACACCGAUCCGAUACAGGAUAUUGCCUUCGAUGCGUCCGGGAAACUUUUGGUGUCCUGCAGCUCAGACAUGAGCAUCAAAUUAUGGGACUUCCAGCAGAGUUUCGAUUGUAUUAGGACGAUGCUCGGACACGAUCAUAACGUGUCCGGGGUCGCUUUUAUGCCCGCCGGGGAUUUCGUCGUGUCCUGCAGCCGGGACAAGACCAUCAAGAUGUGGGAGGUGUCGACGGGAUAUUGCGUGAGGACAUAUACGGGACACCGGGAAUGGGUAAGAAUGGUAAGACCGUCGCCCGACGGGAGCCUAUUGGCGAGCUGCUCGAACGAUCAGUCCGUAAGGGUUUGGUCGGUGGCUUCGAAGGAGUGCAGGGCCGAACUGAGGGCGCACGACCACGUGGUCGAAUGUAUCGCCUGGGCCCCGGACGUGUCCAGUAAUGCGAUCAACGAGGCCGCGGGGGCCGACAAUAAGAAGGGGGCCCACAUGGGACCGUUUUUGGCUUCUGGAUCCAGAGACAAAACCAUUAGGAUAUGGGACGUCGGUGCAGGAAUCGCCUUGUUCGUACUGACAGGUCACGACAAUUGGGUCAGGGGGGUGGUGUUCCAUCCCGGCGGUAAGUUCCUGGUGUCCGCCAGCGACGAUAAAACACUAAGGAUCUGGGAUUUGAGGAACAAGCGUUGCAUGAAAACACUGGAGGCUCAUAAACAUUUUUGCACAUCAGUUGAUUUCCACAAGUCGCACCCGUACGUGAUUUCCGGUAGCGUAGACCAAACAGUCAAAGUGUGGGAGUGCCGUUAAGUAUCUACCAAACAAAAAAUAAAUCACGCGUUAAUUCGAACGGGGGAGGAAUAAUUCUUCGGUGUACCACGCGGCCGGUUACGGUUUUCUCAUUAAUUUUUUCGCCAGUUUUCCACGUGGCGAACGACGACGAGUGAUAAAACAUGCUGGACAGAUCACUUAUUUCGGUGUGCAUAUUAGUAAAUUAUUUUAGUAAUUAGGUCAAAACUUUUAAUUGUUUUUUUUUUCCUUAUAUAAAAUGGUUUGGUCUUCUAGUUGCUUUGUAAGUACAAUUUUCGUUUAACUUGAUCGCGCUAUGUGUUAGAACGGAAAUCAUCAAUCAUUUUGCUCAAAAAUUAUGUGGUCAGGAGCACCUCUAACCGGUUUUUUUUCUAUAUAAAACAUAACCUGGUGUAAUCAUUUUUUUUUUGUUACUGUGAUGUGAUAAUGAUGGGAUGGGGUCAAAAGUUUCUUUCUCCGGUAGCAAAGUUGCUUUUUACUAUUAUUAUUAUUAUUAUUAUUAUUACUACUACUACUACUACAUUCUUAGGCGAACUUUACUAGGAACUAAAACUAAGAUUAUACAUUAUAGUUACGUUAAAAACUGUAGGCCAUUUAGUAGAUACCUAUUUAUAUAUAUAUAUAUAGCACAGCUAUUUGAAAUGAAAAUCGCGGCGUCCAGUGAAAUUUCGUUUUUGUUAGAUCCGAUAUAAUUUAUGUAUAUAAAGAUUUGUUAUAUUUUUUAUUAAUAUUAUUUGAAUACUCGUAAUAGUGUUUUUCUCUUCAACUAGUUCAAUAAGCUAUAGCUCUUUCUCUAUUGUUUAACGAAAUAAUUUAAUUUUUUGGGGCUUUUAAACUGUAUUCAUGAGACAUUUACUUCAAGUCGGUGUCCCAAGCAAGUAAUUACUCUUUUUAUGGCGGAUUUAAUUAAGUUUUUUUCUUUUGUCACGAAAUAGCUAAAAGUGUCUUAUUUAAAUUAAGUCAGUAUUCACAAGUAUUUUGUUAAAGUGGGCCGGGAAUAUCGUCCAAAAUUCAAACAUUCAUGGCCUUCUACAAUGAAAUUUGAACAACUUAUCUUUAAGUAUAACGCUCUGCGAUUAAUAUCACAUUUUCAGUUCAUACCUAACCUUAAAAUUAUUUAAAUUUCAUCGUAGAGUGCCUUGAAUAUCGUCCAUUAUAAUGGCACACUUUGAUCAUCUUGUGUGUCAUUUCUAAUGAAAAGUGUGCCAUGAAUUUUAUAUUUUACAAUUAUUCAUGGCACCCUGCGAUGUCAUUCUAAGAUUAACUGUCAAAUAUUACUGUCACUGGAGGCUAGUUUUUUCUUAGGGUGCCAUGAAAAUUGUGCAUUAUAGAAUAGUCAUGGCACACUUUAAAUGCUACAUAAUGAUUUGAUUGUUCUUGUCAGUUCUGGUUUUAUCGAAAAUAGCAGUGGGUUUCUUACCAGGAUUUAUUUCGAUAAAAAAUGAUAUUCUGCAAUUAAUGACGACACUUAAUCUUAAAAUUUCAAUCAUAGAACGCCACGAAUAUAUGAUAAAGUGACAAAUGACUUUGAUGAAGUGACUUUAAAAAACGCGCCAUAUUUAACAAUUUAUAGUCCUGAAUAGCUUAUUGGGACACCCUGUACGUAUAUUAAAAAAAAAUUAUGGUAAUUAUACCGGGCGCCCCGAGCAAGUGGUUUUCACAUAUAUAUGUGACGUCGUAAGAUGGUUCAAUAGUUCUUUUUUUUCUACAUGAAUCACCCUAUAAAAUGGCAUACUGCGAUUAAUGUUGUCUGACUUAAAUAUCAUCUUAGGGUGCUUUGAAUGUUUGUAUUCAUGGCACACUUUGACCUUAAACGUUAAGUAACGUAAUUCCAUUUUCAGCCGAACCACUUAUUGGGACGCCCGGUAUAUAAAAACAAAUCAUCCAAUUAUAAUAAGCUUUUGACAACUAGGUCUUAGCAUAUUACAGUUAUAAAUGGGUGAAACUAUAUUUAAAAAAAUAAUACAAAAAAAAACGUAAAUAUUAAUCUUACCUUUCCCGCUUGCUUUAUUGCAUGUGCACAAUUAUCGUUCAUAUAACCUUUAUGUACUUGGAAAUGCGUAAUAAUGAUGAUGUCUCAGUUAAGUAGAGAAUUGUGAAUAAUUUUGUCUGUAUAUAUUAUUGAAAUAAAUAUUCUUCAGAGUC